UCCAUGGACUUUGCCCCGCCCGCCGCCCACCACAACCACCCCGCCCUCUUCAACAACGACCUCGAUCAGCAGUUCAACCCGCUCGAUCACCCCAGCUCCCCGCACGCCCAUCCCGCCCAUCGCGCCCCCGCCCACCCCUUCGAGCACACCGACCUCGACGUCCCCGACCAGCCCGCCCACCCCUUCGACCUCUUCUCCAACGCCCCCCAUGCCGCCAACGGCUUCGCCAGCCCGCGCUACCGCACUAACGCCUCCUCCUCGUCCUCCCUCGGCCCCUCGUAUGCCAUGGCCGGCGACCAGAUGUACUCCCACCCGUCCUUCGCCGACUCCGUCAACUCCUUCCACGGCGUCAACAGUAACUCGUACGACAUGAUCCACAGCCUCUCUUCCUCCUACAGUAGCGGUAAAGUAUCGCCGCUGACACCCAGUGAUCCUAGCAUCCAACACUCGCCCGUCUUUCCAGGCAACCUCGGCCCCAACGUCAUCUCAAAAGACUUUCCCGGCCAGCACCCCUUCCCCGACGUCGACCGGCGCCUGCCAAACAGCAACUUCCCCUCGGACUUUCACGAGGACUACGCGGUCGGCGUGAACGGUGGGUUAGGGCUUGGCUUCAACGGUCCCGCGCAGCACCUCGGGCGCUUCCCGAUGGACUCGCGUUUCCCCUCGCAGAUGCAGCACCACGGCCACCACGAGAUGCUGCAGGGCGUCUCUCCCCAAGCCACCCAUUUCAGGCCAAACGGCAUCCCCGGCUUCGACGACGGGCAAUUCAUGAACCCGAAUCCCCAGAACGACCUCCGGCUGAGCAUGGGCUCGGAUGACCACCUGCUCGCGGGCAUCCGCGGUCUGGGGGGUUUCAACUCUGCCAACGACCUUCAAACGUUCAUCCGGCCUUAUCUCGACCAGUACGUCCGCACGCCGAACCGCCUCGCCUUCGGCGAACGCACGGUCAUCGUCAUGUCGAGCAAGGUCGCGCAAAAGUCGUACGGCACAGAGAAGAGGUUCCUCUGCCCGCCUCCCACCGCGAUCAUGAUCGGCAACUCGUGGUGGUCAGAUGUCAUGCGCCGGGGGCAGGAGCCGAAGCUCUGCCCGCCGCGCGUCGUCGUGUCCAUCUCGGGCGAGCCCGCGCCGCCCGAGGGCAACAUCGAGUGGACGUCCGCCGCGGGCAAGUCGUUCGAGAUGAGCGACCCGCCCGCGGGCACGACGUACAUCGGGCGCUGCGUGGGCAAGCAGCUCUUCAUCUCGGACGUCGACGAGAAGAAGAAGAAGGUCGAGGCGCUCGUGAAGAUCAUGGCGCCCGCGUCGGACGACGACGCGGGCGAGCGCGUUAUCGGCACGUUUGCGAGCCGCUCGAUCAAGGUCAUCAGCAAGCCGUCCAAGAAGAGGCAGAGCGCGAAGAACCUCGAGCUGUGCAUCAAUCAUGGGUCGACGGUGUCGCUCUUCCACCGACUCAGGUCGCAGACCGUGUCGACAAAGUACCUGUGCGUGUCGGGAUCCGGGUCUGCGUUCAAGGGCUCCGAUGGCGCCCCAUUGAUGGGCCUUGACCAUCGCUCGCGGUCUUCCACGCCGUCAUUCAUUGCUCGCACUGCUAGUUGGGAUCCUUUUGUUAUGUACAUUGUCGACGUCAACAAGCCCGCUGGUGGUAUAGACGCCCCGCCACCACCCCCACCUCACCCUGAAUAUCCGUCUCCACCUCCUAAUGCUAUUCCCUUCACCAACAACGGAUCCCAGAUCCCCAUCUACUACAACCAGACGGUCGUUCUGCAAUGUCUGACCUCGGGUGUGGUCAGUCCUAUCCUCAUUAUCCGCAAGGUCGACCACGGCACCACUGUCGUGGGGGGAGGCCUGCAGGAGGGCGCCAAGGGUGUUGCAGAUCACUACUGCGUGCCCGGCGAGGUAUGCGGUGAUCCUGUCUCGCAGCUGCACAAGAUCGCCUUCGAGGUGUACGAGCCGGGCAAGGGCAUGCCUGAACCGGGCACGCCAGGCAUGACCGGCGCCUUCCUCUCCUGCAUGGGCGAGAAGGUGAACACGUACCGGCCGACCGACGGCCGGCUGUGGGUCGGCAACCACAACCGCGGGUCGACGUCGCCGUCGCUGCAGUCGCCGGUGAUCCCCGGCUCCCCGGUCGUCUCCACCCCCGCGUCGCUCGCUUCGAGCUCCAACGACUACUUUGCGCACGCGGGGACGGGCGAGAGCGCGCCGGCGUCCCCCAUGUCGCUUGACUUCCCGUCCAACGACGGCGGGCGCGUCAAGAAGAUGAAGCGGGGGAGCUCGAGCACGGGUGGGAUCACCAAAAACAGCGCGGUCAAGGGUGGGCGGCGCAGACCCACGUCCGCGGGCUCUGGCUCGUCGCCGGCCCGGCGGACGUCAGCUGGGGAGCUCAGCCCGUCCUCUGGAGCCUUGUGGCAAGUGGAUAUUGGCGAGACGAGCGUGUGGACGAUCGUUGGCACAGACCAAGUGCGGUAUAAUUUCUACAUCCCGCCUGUUCUGUUCGACAACCAGAACGCGCCGCAGACAGGGUCGUUCCCCAUCCCGUCGAAGCCCGUCACGCCUUUCCCUGCCGUCGUCAAGUACCUCCCCCCAGAUCGGGCUUCUGAAAUGCCCAAGUCCAACUGCGCCGCCUCGCGGGCUGCGAUGGCGAAGCCCAACCCCGCUGCCGCGAAGAUGCUGACGGUGUACGGCGAAAACUUUUCAAAAUCGGAUCCUCUCAGCGUGUUCUUUGGAUCCGAGCCUUCUCCAUACGUCGAGAUCCGGUGUACGGAGGUCCUGGGAUGCCUGCCCCCAGAGAGCCCCGUGUCGAAACGCCGCCCAAUAAUACUCGUGAGGCACGACGGCGUCGUCUUCCCCUCGCAUGUCCUGUAUCCCUAGUGUUAUUUUAUUUUCGUCGUCGCAUUCAUCCUUUUUCCAUGUUGGCUUGGUUACUCGCUUUUGCAUAGUUAUUUUGCUGUCACCGUCGCAUCGUAUAAUCUUCCUCUGCAGACAUUGCAUCGGCCUUCCUGUGUUACUAGGGCAUCACUAUUAUGAUCUGUACUACAUGGACUUUGCUUAUAGUAACAAGCUCAUUUCGGC